AUGGAGGUCAGGCAGGUUAUCCAAGGCACUGCCAAAGUGAAGCCAGUCAGACUGAGACAGGUGCCUGCCAGUAGAGAUCCUGGCCAGGAAAUUGGCCCUCCUGUUGUGAUGGAGACCAGACAGGCAAUCCAAGUUGCUGCUAAAGCGAAGUCAGUCAGACCAAGACAGGGGCCUGUCAGCCUUCAAGGAAAACCAGGAAAUAUAGUCAUCCAACCUUGUGGUGAAGCUGAAGUUGCUGAUAUGGAAGUCAACACUCACCAGGUCCAUCAUUGGGUCAAGGACAUCCCAACUAGGCUGAUGCCACGAUCCAACAGACUACCAACUUCUGUCCCUUCUUUGACAAGUGGAGCUACUACCACUGUCAACUCCAAUACAAGCCUAGCAUACCAGGGAAAGAUGCCUGUGCCAACCCACUGCAUGGAUGAAGAGGAAUUAGAAGACCAACCAGCUUUCUCUGUCAAGGUUGUAGGUCAUGAAAAAUUCAAGGUAGUCAUGAGCAUGGCUAACGAUAUAGAGAGCAACAAUGAAUUCAAUCAGCUCAUUUUUGCAGAGGUGCAGACCAGCUCAAAGCACAAGUAUUCAGAUCAUGACAAUGCUGACUAUGUUACCUCAUCCAAGGUUGAGGACUUCGAUGAUGAAUACUUUGACAUUGAGGAUCACAAUUUGAAGUCUUAUGAAGAACUCAUACAGUCACUGCGAAUCAUUAUCCUGACCAUUGCUCCAGACUUUGAGGACCUGAAUGACAUUUGUCCUGGGAUGGCAGUCUUUAAUAUUGUAUUCAACUUUGGAUCCACUGCAAUCACUCUUAUCACUCACUUCCUUGUCUCAGAUCCAGAAAUUGGCAUGCUGUCUCUUACUCAGGCCCAGGAACUCUGUUCUAAGCUGUUGGAAGGCUUCGCAUUUUUAUAUUCAGACCAAGAUUCUCACAAACCAGAGAACAUUUUCCAGUCAUACUUUGUAUUAUACCUCCUUGGCCACACACAUCUGUGGCCCUGUGGUGAUUCUCCUGAUGUCCCAAAACUGAAGAUCAGGGAACUGAAAAAUACAGGCAUCAAAGGCACACUAGCCCUUACCUGUGCCAUGUUGCACUGUACUCUUCCCCUGCUCAAAACUGGUGAACUGCAAAUUGACACUAAGCACACAUCCUUCAGAAAGGCAGCUAUCAAGAUCCCACUCAAGGUGAACAAGGUGACCAGGAGGGAGUUGUCAGCUGUUUCAGCAUUCUCUGAGCAGAAUUGUGGCCCCUGCACCAGGCAAUAUGCUAUAGCCACCACUAAGCAUGACAAUGCUGUGCUCCAAAACAUCAUUAUGGGAGCAACUAUGCUCAUUCCAUACAGUAUAGAUUGCAUGUUAGAGGGAGGGAGCUUUCAAUGUGGGGAGGAUGACAUCAAUGAUUUAAUUGCCACUCUUUUGAGAAUAAGUGCUAAGAAAGUUGCAGUUGAUGACAAGUCAGAUAGUAGUAAUAGUGGGAAAAUAGCAUAA